AUGAAAAUGAGUUACGGCGUCCACUCUCCACCGGCGCUGCGGUGUUGGUGCACGUUGCCUUUCAGUUCAAGGAGGAAGGCAUCGUCUUUGGAAAAUACUUAUUUCAGUAACCGUACUGUCUUUUGUUCUUCAGCACGAUGGAUUUACCGCCGUCACUGUGAGGCGAGUGUGUCUGGUGCAGAUCUUUCCUCCGGCUUCUUCUUUUAUUCUUCUCUCAACAAAGAGCAGGUAACGAAUUCUACCAGAACGAUGUCAGCGAGUGAUUGCAGGGGCGAGUCGGAGAUGCUGAAGAUUCUCCGAGCUCUUGGUAUGGAUCUGCCUACAAUUUCCCACGAGGAGAAACAUACUGUGGAGGAAGCCAACAAGGAGCUUGGGCGCUUUGGCGUACCGUGCACGGGCACCAAAAACAUUUUUUUGAAGAGUAAGAAGGAGGACCUGGUUCUUGUGACGGCAUUACACACCACCAGGACGAACAUGAAGGUGAUACAGGAUGCUUUGUCUCUUAAAGAUCUUCGCUUUGCCCCGGAGGACGUUUUGCGGACUCAUCUGGGCGUUGUGCAGGGGGGUGUUACCCCGCUGGCACUCGUAAACAACGAAUCAAAGAACAUUAAAUUGGUGCUAGACAAGGCGCUGGUGGAAAGUACCGUCCCUGUAGUCUUGCACCCGUGCCGUAAUGACAAGAGCUGUCUGAUAACGCCCAAACAGCUGCAGGAUUUUCUUAGGAAGCUGGAGUAUCCAUUUGUGGUGGUUGACUUUUCGGCGGAAGCCACGGGAGGUACCCCGUCUGGUGAUAACACAAGGGCAAAGAGUUCCACGUCUCAAAAGGAGACGGGGAAAAAAACUUCUCAGCCCGCCGCAGCUGCAAUUACCGGUGGUGCUAAUGUUACUGGUGAAACAAAAUUGGGUAUUCUGGUGAAGCGUGAGGAAAACUUCUCACAGUGGUACGUCGAGGUGAUUACGAAGGCUGAGAUGAUCGAGUACUACGAUGUGUCAGGUUGCUACAUCAUUCGCCCAUGGGCAUUUUUUAUCUGGAGCCGCAUCCAAAGAUUUUUUGGGGCCCGCAUUGAAAGCAUGGGAGUUGAGGAUUGUUACUUUCCCAUGUUUGUCUCCAAGUCUUGCCUGGAACGCGAGAAGGAUCACGUGGAAGGAUUUGCGCCGGAGGUGGCAUGGGUGACGAAGGCAGGUGAGACGGAUCUUGAGGUGCCUGUUGCUAUUCGUCCAACAAGUGAAACAGUGAUGUACCCAUAUUAUGCAAAGUGGAUCCGCUCACACCGUGACUUGCCAGUGAGGCUGAACAUGUGGAAUAACGUUAUUCGCUGGGAGUUUUCACAUCCCACACCGUUUAUUCGUACCCGAGAGUUUCUUUGGCAGGAGGGACACUGCGCGUGGCAGACGGAGGAGGAGUGUUCCCAGGAGGUACUUGAAAUCCUUGAUCAUUACGCUGCUGUCUAUGAAGAACUGCUGGCCGUUCCGGUGGUGAAGGGAAGGAAGACAGAGAAGGAGAAGUUUGCCGGCGGCUAUUACACAACAACUGUGGAGACGUAUAUCGCCGCGGUUGGUCGCGGUUGCCAGGGUGGGACGAGCCACAAUCUGGGCCAGAAUUUUGGAAAGAUGUUUAACAUCAGCUUCCAGGAUCCCGAGAAGAAUGAUGGUUCCACUCUUAUUCCGUGGCAGAACUCGUGGGGACUUUCUACUCGCGUUAUUGGCGUCAUGACAAUGGUCCACGGGGAUGACUCGGGGAUGGUGCUGCCUCCACGCGUCGCUUCGGUGCAGGUUGUCAUUAUUCCUGUGGGUAUUACAAAGAACACUACGGAUGAGGAGCGAAAGUCCUUGCUGGAGGGAUGCAAGACCCUUGAAAGGGUGUUGGUAAGCGGUGGCAUCCGUGCCAAGGCAGACCUUCGUGAUAACUACAGCCCUGGAUGGAGGUUCAACCACUGGGAGGUGAAGGGCGUGCCGGUGCGUGUCGAAUUGGGGCCGAGGGAGCUCGCAUCAUUAAAAAUAUCACUUGUCUUGCGCCACGAUGGCAGCCGUCGCUCUCUUUUAUGGGACAAGGAGUUGCCCACUGCAAUGACAUUGUUGAUGGACGAAAUUCAUAAUAGCAUGUUUGCAAAGGCCAAAAGGGAGCGUCAGGAAAAUACAAAGAAAUUGACAGAGUGGAGUGACUUUACCCCUGCACUCAACAGGAAGUGCUUGGUGUUGGCACCGUGGUGCGGUGAGAUGUCGUGCGAGGACCAGGUGAAAAAGGACAGUGCGGAGGAGUCAAAGGCAAUGCAGAGCGAGGAGGUGAAGGAUGAUGCACGUGCCCCAAGCAUGGGUGCUAAAACGCUCUGCAUCCCGUUUGAUCAGCCGGAGUCUGUCGAGGGCAAAACAUGUAUCUGCAAGAGCUGCAGCCGCCCCGCGAAGCACUGGGUGCUCUUUGGACGCAGUUACUAA